CCGCUCUUGCUCGCGCCGGCGCUGCACGGGAGCCUGCCCGCCGCCGCCUGCUUUGUGCUUCCCCCCGAAGAUGGGAGCGACCUCUUGCUGAUCGGGAGCUAUUUAAAAGGAGGGAGUGCGCGGCAUUUCCUACUAGCGUGGAGGAACGGGGGAAGGAUCCAUCCACGCUCCCCAAACCAGGUUGGGACAGUUGGAAGUCUGCCAUUGUACAACAUGCUGCGAUUAAGUCUCUCACCCGCCUUUUCGAUGAGAUUUCGUCUGUUGGCCAUCGUGGCUCUCUUAUUUUUCCAUGUGGACUAUAUAAGUGCUGAGACAGAAAUGGAAGAAGAAGGCAAUGAAACCGGUGAAUGUACUGGCUCAUAUUACUGUAAGAGAGGGGUGAUUUUACCCAUUUGGGAGCCCCAAGACCCUUCCUUUGGGGACAAAAUUGCUAGAGCUACUGUGUAUUUUGUGGCCAUGGUCUACAUGUUUCUUGGAGUCUCUAUCAUUGCCGACCGGUUCAUGUCCUCUAUAGAAGUCAUCACGUCUCAAGAAAAAGAAAUAACCAUAAAGAAACCCAAUGGAGAGACCACCAAGACAACUGUUAGGAUCUGGAAUGAGACGGUUUCCAACCUGACCUUGAUGGCCUUGGGAUCUUCUGCUCCUGAGAUUCUCCUCUCAGUAAUUGAAGUAUGUGGCCAUAACUUCACUGCGGGAGACCUCGGUCCUAGCACCAUCGUGGGAAGUGCCGCAUUCAAUAUGUUCAUCAUUAUUGCUCUUUGUGUUUACGUGGUCCCGGAUGGAGAGACAAGGAAGAUUAAGCAUUUGCGUGUGUUCUUUGUGACGGCAGCCUGGAGCAUCUUUGCCUAUACCUGGCUUUACAUUAUUCUGUCUGUCAUCUCUCCUGGGGUCGUGGAGGUCUGGGAAGGUUUGCUUACUUUCUUCUUCUUUCCCAUCUGUGUUGUGUUCGCUUGGGUAGCGGAUAGGAGGCUUCUGUUUUACAAGUAUGUUUACAAGAGGUAUCGGGCUGGCAAGCAGAGGGGAAUGAUUAUUGAACAUGAAGGAGACAGACCAUCUUCCAAGACUGAAAUUGAAAUGGAUGGGAAAGUGGUCAACUCCCAUGUUGACAAUUUCUUAGAUGGCGCUCUGGUUCUGGAGGUUGAUGAGAGGGACCAAGAUGAUGAAGAGGCUAGGCGAGAAAUGGCUAGGAUUCUGAAGGAACUCAAGCAGAAGCAUCCGGAGAAAGAAAUAGAGCAAUUAAUAGAAUUAGCUAACUACCAAGUCCUAAGUCAGCAGCAAAAAAGUCGAGCAUUUUACCGCAUUCAAGCUACUCGCCUGAUGACCGGAGCUGGCAACAUUUUAAAGAGGCAUGCAGCUGACCAAGCAAGGAAGGCUGUCAGCAUGCAUGAAGUCAACACUGAAGUGGCUGAAAAUGACCCUGUUAGUAAGAUCUUCUUUGAACAAGGGACAUAUCAGUGUCUGGAGAACUGUGGUACUGUAGCCCUGACCAUUAUCCGCAGAGGUGGUGAUUUGACCAACACUGUGUUUGUUGACUUCAGAACCGAGGAUGGCACAGCCAAUGCUGGGUCUGAUUAUGAAUUUACUGAAGGAACUGUGGUCUUUAAGCCUGGUGAGACCCAGAAGGAAAUCAGAGUUGGUAUCAUCGAUGAUGAUAUCUUUGAAGAGGAUGAAAAUUUCCUUGUGCAUCUCAGCAAUGUCAAAGUGUCUUCUGAAGCUUCAGAAGAUGGCAUACUGGAAGCCAACCAUGUAUCUACACUCGCUUGCCUUGGAUCACCCUCCACUGCCACUGUGACUAUUUUUGAUGAUGACCACGCAGGCAUCUUUACUUUUGAGGAACCUGUGACUCAUGUAAGUGAGAGCAUUGGUAUCAUGGAAGUGAAAGUAUUGAGAACAUCUGGAGCUCGAGGAAAUGUUAUCGUUCCCUAUAAAACCAUUGAAGGGACUGCCAGAGGUGGAGGGGAGGACUUUGAGGACACUUGUGGAGAGCUUGAAUUCCAGAACGAUGAAAUUGUCAAAACAAUAUCAGUCAAGGUAAUUGAUGAUGAGGAGUAUGAGAAAAACAAGACCUUCUUCCUUGAGAUUGGAGAGCCCUGCCUGGUGGAGAUGAGUGAGAAGAAAGCCCUGUUAUUGAAUGAGCUUGGUGGCUUCACAAUAACAGGGAAAUACCUGUAUGGCCAGCCUGUCUUCAGGAAAGUUCAUGCUAGAGAACAUCCGAUUCCCUCUACUGUAAUCACCAUUGCAGAGGAAUGUGAUGACAAGCAGCCGCUGACCAGCAAAGAGGAAGAGGAGAGGCGCAUUGCAGAAAUGGGGCGCCCCAUUCUGGGAGAACACAGCAAGCUGGAAGUGAUCAUUGAAGAAUCCUAUGAAUUCAAGAGUACGGUGGAUAAACUUAUUAAGAAGACAAACCUAGCCCUUGUGGUUGGGACAAACAGCUGGAGAGAGCAGUUCAUUGAAGCUAUCACUGUCAGUGCUGGGGAAGAUGAUGACGACGACGAAUGUGGGGAGGAGAAGCUGCCCUCCUGUUUCGAUUAUGUGAUGCACUUUCUGACUGUGUUCUGGAAGGUUCUCUUCGCCUUCGUUCCCCCUACAGAAUACUGGAAUGGCUGGGCGUGUUUCAUUGUCUCCAUCCUCAUGAUUGGCGUACUGACAGCUUUCAUUGGAGACCUGGCUUCCCACUUCGGCUGCACCAUUGGCCUGAAAGAUUCCGUGACUGCAGUAGUGUUCGUCGCACUUGGAACUUCAGUACCAGACACAUUUGCAAGCAAAGUGGCAGCCACCCAAGACCAGUACGCAGAUGCAUCCAUAGGUAACGUCACUGGCAGCAACGCGGUGAACGUCUUCCUGGGAAUCGGCGUGGCCUGGUCCAUCGCUGCCAUCUACCAUGCGGCCAACGGGGAACAGUUCAAAGUGUCCCCUGGCACGCUAGCUUUCUCUGUCACUCUCUUCACCAUUUUUGCUUUCAUCAAUGUGGGGGUGCUGCUGUAUCGGCGGAGGCCGGAAAUCGGAGGUGAGCUGGGUGGGCCCCGGACUGCCAAGCUCCUCACAUCCUGCCUCUUUGUGCUCCUGUGGCUCUUGUACAUUUUCUUCUCCUCUCUGGAGGCCUACUGCCACAUAAAAGGCUUCUAAAGGAACAAUCAGAUAUAGUAAAUUUAUAUAUAAAUAUAUAUAUAUACAUAAAAAAUUAUGGAUAAUGAACAGAGGAAACUGACAUUUGUCAUGUUCACUUACCUGCUGAUGGCAUCCAGCUUCAAGAGCAUACUUUGUACUAGGGCCGAAGUGAGAGACCGUCACCUCCCAUUCCCAAGGGCAUCGUCACGUUGAACAAGGCAUGGAGGCAGGGCCAUCUUUGCAGCUCAGCCUAGAGGGCUGUGUUCUCUCCACGUUCAUAAAUCGUUAAGUCUUUGAUUUGUUUUGUUUUUGCUUGUUUUUGAUGGGGGUUGGGGAGGUGGUUGAUGUUUGGCUUUUCUUUUAUUUUGUUUUGUUCUGUUGGGAGGAUCAGGAUUGUUGCUUCUCUUGUGGGAGGCAAUGACCAGUCUAAAUGCAAAUGGUUUUGUGGUAAAAAUUGAAAUCAUUAAGAUUACUCUCUCUUCCCCUACAUACUUUAAAAAUUAUUUUGGAUUAAGAAAGGAUAUGAGCAUGGAAGAAGAAAGAAGCGUGUCUUCACCAUAUUACUAAAUUUCGUGCUUAUCUCUGGAACGUGAGCAGAGGUGAAGCUGCCUCUAAGAAGAAGCAUGGGAGUUUGAACAGGGCUAAGAAAAGUGAUGGUUCUAGAUACAGUCUGAUAUUUAAAGAUACGAUGCCUGACACUCUUGUUCAACAGGUACAGGAAUAACAUGCCUAGAUUCCCAGGAACAUGCAAAAUCCUUUCUUUCUUCUCUCUUUAGCUCUGGACUGUGAUUAGCAAGGCCCUUAUUCUGAAGUUCCAGCCCAGCUAAACCCUCAGAUCCCCCAUCCCAGCCCUCCUCCUCCUGCCCACCACCCUUCAUGCAAACAGGAAGAAUAACCCCAUCCAAAAAGCACAUCAUCCUUUUCCAUUUGCAUCAGUAUGUGUCCCAGUCCCAUGUUGCUGUUGCCUGGGAUCGUCCAUCAGUUUUAUUUUCAAAAGCAUCCAUGGCUUGCACAAUCCUAUUCCAGUCAUGACUAUUUGCUCCUUCUUCAUGUGCCUGUUUGGGAAUAUUGUUGUAAUACCUGUUACACAGUGCAUGGAUGAAAAACAAAUAAAACAAAGUGUAUCUGUAUAUAGUAGAGUAUAGCAUAUACUGUUCUCCCAUUCAGCGACGUUGAUUGGACAUGGAAGACAUCAGUGAGUUUUCUUUUCACCUGAGUUGUAACUUUUGUGUUGUUAUCGAGUUUGAUUAUUACUAGGGGUAAAAGGAGAAAAUGGCUUAUUGUUCAUGGAUCUGCACAUUCAUUUCUAAGAAGCAAUAACUGUCACGCGAGAAGUUAAAGCUAUCGAGAGGACAGCAGGCAAACUACAAAGUUUGUUCAUGGAAAAUUAGCCAUGUGGAACACAUCAGAGGCCUCUAAAAAUCACCUGUUGGUUCAGGAAGGCCAAGGAGAAAGGCGUUGUAGAGAAGUGGAUGCGUUAGACGUGCCUGGGCUUUGAAAGCCUCCAUUUUCACAACACCCCUGCCCCCAAAGUAUUUAUUUUACAUCUGCUCUGUCUGGCACAGAUGGUAGAUAGUGCUGGUUUGUUUGUUUUAUUUUUUUAUGUUAAAGGCUAUUUUGAGCCCUGUUUCUUUCACCGUCCAGACCCCUCUCAUUGUAUCUGCAGUUCCUGAGUAGGAAGGAAGCCAGGGUGACCCAUAGGCCUUUACAAGUGCAUCUUCUCUGUUUAUGACUAAGAAGUAAGCAAUUAAGUGAGAAGAUUAGUGCCUCCCAGGAGGAUGGCCCUGGGAGGUUUUUAACCCUGGAAAAGGAAUGGCUCUUUCUAUUUCAAAAUACCGAAGAGCAUGGAUGAACCCCACAUUCCAAAUUAGUGAGUCCACUAAUGAGGAAAAAUGGAAUGACUUUGGUCCUCUCUCAGAGACUUCUCUACCUAUAAAGAAUCCCAGGCUGGAGACACCCCUGGCCUUCUGUAUUGAUUCAAAGAUACUUAAGAAAUAAAAGCAGUUGAGAGUUAUUUUCUCUUCUUUCACUCAGUAAUCAUGAUCAUUCAUCAUUUAAUGAACAUUUGGUGAUUGAAUGAAUAAUUAAAUUCUGGUUACCCGCUCAAUACUGUGUUACUCUUGGGGACUAAACCAUGAACAAGAUAGCCAGAUCCCUGCCCUCAGGGGGUUCACAGUUAAUGUGAUUGCUAUUUCCAUGAGUAAAAGUUAACACAGCCACAUUGAAACAGUGGUAUCUUGCAAGGAAAAACACAAUUAUAAACUCUUUUAACCUAACCACAUUGAAACUGUACAAAUACAAUUGUUCAAAUAUCUAUUUUCUUUAACCAAGAGAGUAUAAAGUAUAGGGUAGGAAAAGCAUCCUCUGUUUCCUUGGCCAGUCUUGCAAUAUGUACAUCUCCCCGUUUUAAACCAAGAAAGGCAAUCAUGUUGGUAAUCCAGAUCACUGAGAAGGCCCAGUUAAUCCCAGUUCUUAUCUUGUUGGAUAACAGUACUUUUCUAUGCCCCACACCUCUACAAUUCCUCAGAUCUCCUGAAGACUCAUCCCUGACCUGGCAUGGCCCAACACAAUGGUGGCCUAACUCCUUUGGGGGCACAUUCUAACCCAUCUCUUUUUUUUUUUUUCUUUUUUGAAGAUUUACUAAAUGGAAAGCUAGCCUAGAAAAACCAAGUAAAUAUAGUCAAGGGAUGUGAGUUUUUCAAACAUUAGAAAGAUUUUGCACUCAUUUUUAGCCAUAUUUGGAAUGUCAAUAAUCCCAUAGCAAAUUUUCACAGAAGACUUUUAAGAAAUUCUUGCCAUUGGUCAAUUUUAAUUUCAAAGCUUUUUGGUUUGUUUGCUUUUUAAGUUUUCAUGUUAUAGCGAAAAAUGAUUCUGGUUGUUCAGGGUUGUUAAUAAUUAUAGUUGUGUAAAAUUAUUUCAUUUUGUUUGAUUAUUUUAUUUUGUGUGUAUUGUGCACAGCUUUAGGGGAGAAGUGCACUAAUCGUGCUGUUCCUUAUAAAUGGUACACAUUAUUGACACAGACAAAGUUUCUAAUUGUUUCUGAUUUAA